AUGGAGGGUGUGGGAAGCCCUCUUGGUGAUCAAAGGAGAGUUAAGAUGAGUGGAGCUAGUCGAUCUGUGGAAUCAGAUCCAUCUGAAGGAUCGUUUGAGAAAAGUAGAGAAGGAAUGGAUCUAAGGAGAAUGUCUGGAGUUAGGAGAGAAGUAGAGGUAGCAUUAGAGGUGCAGAGAAGGGAUGUAGGUCUACAGGUGAAUAUGGAUAAAGAGUUUUCAGAAGAUGCCCAAACGAAGGAGUCCAAAAUUUCUGGUUCAGGAGAGAAUGAUCCCUCCACUUGGAGUACAGCUGCCACAAGAGGCAAAACGUGGGGGAGAAGCAUGACGAAAAAAGUUCGAGGCUUGAGAAGAUCAAAGAAGAAUAAGGUUGGAGUUGGUUCAAGUUCUGGUAGAGAACGAGCUAUUGAGUCUGCUGCACAAAUCAUCACUGCACUUGAAACUGAACCAGCUGCUGAAUUUGCUUCAUCUGUUACUUUAUUUGGUGCACAAAACACUGCAGUACUUGCUACUAUACCUAAUGAAUCUGUCGCAAGAACGAGCUGCAAAAUUGUUGAACCAGCUGCUGUCCAAACAACACUUGUUGAAGCUUCUGCCACCCAAGAGACAGCAAUACAUACUGCUGCUGCUGAAAAUAUUGCAGCACCUACUGUAAAAAAUUCAGACUUUGCUGCUGACCAAGCCGCUGAAGAUAGAGACAGCAACUACUGUCCACCUGCUGAAACUGCCAAAAUUACACCAGAAAUUACAGAAUUUGCUGUUGUGCAAAGUGCUGAAAACAGAGACAGCAACUGCUGUCAAACUGCCACAACCACUGUUGCCCGUAAAUCAGCACCAGCCGAAGUAUCUGUUACAUCCCCUGCUGUUGUCCAAAAAUCAGCAACCUCAGAACUUGCCCCAACUGAACCAGAACCUGCUGCUAUCCAAAAAUCAGCACCAACCGAAGCUCCUGCUGCAGAAACAACACCUGCUUUUGCAACCCCUGCUGCUGUCCAAAAACCAGCAACUGUUGUGUUUGCCCAAACAGCACAGCCCACUGCUGUGUUUACCCAAACAGCACAGUCCCCUAUUGAAAUUACUGAAACAGCACAGUCCCCUGCUGAAAUUUCUGAAACAGAGCAGUCCCCUGCUGAACCAGCACAGCCCACUGCUGUGUUUGCCCAAACAGCUGCUAAAAUGGCAGAAUACAAUAUGCAAGCUGUUGCAACCAAACCAGCCCAAAAACCAGAAGUUUUUGCCUAA